UUUAGCGUUGGAGCCGCGCAGACAGACUCAGACAAAAAAGGAAACACAAUGGGCUUAUCAGCUUCUAAACGAGUCAAAACAACACUCACCAACUCGCCUGAGUUCAACUCUGCCUGUGACUCAGCCUACGCCCACUGUCUCUCUCUAACUCAGAAAGCUUUCCAAGGUGUCCUUCCGUAUCAACUCCUCACAGCCUCUGAUCACAUCCAUGCUACCGUCUCCACCACUCACAAACAACCCCUUAUCGUCAAGUGGGUUCCGUCUCCCCCAACUCGGACCCAAAUCGACUCAGCUCUUCGGAUCGUUGCUCGUCAACAGAACAACAAGAGUGAGGAGGAGUUGAUUCUGGGGCCGGCCCAGUUUAAGGAGUGGGCGGUGGUGCUGUACGCGGGGGCCGCCGUGGGAAAUGCCGGCAAGGCGGUUUUAGCCCGAGUUCCAAUCGGAGUGGCCGGGAUUGUUGGGAUCGGAGCCGUAAUGAGGUCCGGGUUCCAUUUGGUCGGUGCGGCGAUCGGCGUUUACGCGCUAGGGGUUGCUACUUCAAUUUACCUUAGCUUGUCUGGUUGAGUUAAACAAGUAAUGAUAAGAAGAUAGGUGAAGGUGAAGGUGAAGGUAGCUCUCGCAUGCUUGACGUUGAAGAAACCUAAGGGACAAUUCGGGUUGAUAGGCUUAUGUAUAAUAUGAUGUGGAUUUGAUUUGUUUGAAGCUGAAUUCGAAGAAACAAGAAUGUGGGUUUAUUGGAAAUUUUGUGAUGAGAGAGAAUCCCCCUAGUUUUUGAAACUUUGUAGGACGACAUUUACCUCAUGUGUAAAGUCAAAAUUUGAUGUAUUAUUGAUUUAUUAGGUAUCUAAUCUAUUACCAACUUUGUAAUUUGUGUUUGUGACAUAGUUAAUGUUGUUUCUAUCAUGAAUGGAUUGAUUUAUAUGAUUAGGACUUAAUCCAUUUUAUUGUUGCUCUUUUA